AUGGUUAGUCUCCUCGCGAUUCCGCCGGAGGAAGCAACGUUCAUGAUGGCGCUGUCCGGCACUGACCACUUCCUGCAUGAGUUACUCAUGUCGUCGCCGCGUCGACGAAUAAUACGCGGGUGCCAGGGGGGGGGUCCAUUCACUGCGGCCACCGUGACGGCCACGACUGUCGUCGAUUACAGGCUGAUUCCCCGCCGACCACGCCGCGUCUCUGCCGCCGAUCCUUCGCCGUUGCUGCACCGCAGCUCCGGAGUUCGUCCCGCAUCCCGGGACGAGCUCUCACGCUGCUCCACGCCCAAGCCGCCACCACGUCUGGGCAGAGCGCAGGUGUUGAAGGAUGAGAUGCUGAAUAUGUUGUUGGCCAGACGUGACACUACCAUGCAUACUCUCGCCGUCUGCGGCUACUUCUUCACCAUGUACCCCGACAUCUAUCGCCGUGCGCGGGAGGAAAUGCUUCCUCGACGACCGCGUGAAGUGCCAUACCAUUCUCAAGAACGCAUUCACAUUUCAGUUCCUCCCGUUCAACACUGGCCCGCGCAUCUGCCUCGGUCAGCAGUUCGCGUACAACGAGAUGGCGCUCAUGCUCGUGCGCUUCAUGCAGGCGUUCGCCGCGGUUGCGCUCGACGAGUGCGCGUUUGCGCCGGGGCACUGCCCCCGGACGCAUACCAGUGGAAGGCGUGUGCGGGCCUGAAGGGCGGUUCCGCCCGAAACCGCAAAUGA